AUGCCGAGCAAGAACCGACCUCGUCCAGGGCCAAUAUCGAUAUCCUCGCCUAUACCACGCAGUCCUGAUGGUUUGUUGGCAACACCCACUUCCCAGCACCGUUCGUACCCUUCACCUGGUGGAUCAGGAUCGAGGUCACCUCGCACACCGACACGAGGGGGUAAGAAGGCUAAACCUAGGGUGUAUGAUGAGUACGACCUAUCGCCCACUCACGCAUAUCUCGAGCAAUUCAAUUCCUAUCCUUCCUCACCUGAUCCGUCCCAUAUGCCCAUUCAGUCCCCUUCACCGAUGGAUUCUCCAGGGCUGAACAAUGCGACGGAAAAAGAUCCGGUAUUCGGUCAAAACCAGUUCUCCUCGAAUCACUACUUGGCACCGACAUUGCAUCCUCAUGGAGAACGUAACAGACCUUACCCAGCGACAGGCAAGAAGAACAGGAAUAAUUGCAUACCUACCAAUCCGACCAAAAGGAAAUUACUUUUCUUCGGUGUACCUGUGAUACUGGUGAUCAUAGCUGGUAUAGCGAUAGGUGUGGUAGUGGGCACCCAGCAUAAGCCAAGUUCAGAUAAUAGUUCAUCGUCAGGCGGAUCAAGUAAAGGUUCAACGAGUAAUACUAAUGGAGGGACUGGAGGAGAUAGUCAGACAACUUGGAAUCAGUAUAUCAAACCUAGUUCAGGUGGUGAUGGGGAUACAGUAACGACGGAUCUGGGUGUACAUUUCAAGUAUGUCAAUAAAUUUGGGGGUCAUUGGGCUCAGAACCCUUAUGAUCCGUAUUCCGUAUCUGGUAGAGCUCAGUCUUGGUCACCUUCUCUGUUGGAAGAAUGGGUGUGGGGAACGCACAUAGCGAGGGGUGUCAAUUUGGGAGGGUGGCUUGUGACAGAGCCCUUCAUCGUUCCUGCGUUAUAUGAACAAUAUCAAACAUCCACACCUCAGGCAGUAGACGAAUAUACUUUGUCUCAGGCAAUGGGUCAGGAUCUGGCCACGAAGAUGGAAGAGCACUACAAGACUUUUAUCACUGAAGAGGACUUCGCUGCUAUCUCUGCUGCUGGAUUGAACUUUGUUCGGAUUCCCCUUGGGUAUUGGGCUGUCGAGACUAUUGAGGGAGAACCAUACCUGCCUAAAGUGUCUUGGACAUACUUCCUCAGAGCAAUCGGGUGGGCUAGAAAGUACGGAAUAAGAAUAUUCGCCGACUUCCACGCUUUGCCAGGUUCACAGAACGGGUGGAAUCAUUCGGGCAAAUCAGGCAGCGUGAAUUGGAUGUACGGUGUAAUGGGAAUUGCUAAUGCCCAGAGGUCUCUGGAGACUAUACGGACGAUUACUGAGUUUAUCUCGCAAGACGGUAUCAAGGAGGUGGUUCCGAUGUUCGGCUUGGUCAAUGAGGUGAUGGCUAAGACGGUCGGUACGGAUGUGAUGCAGAAGUUCUACUACCAAGCAUACAAGACCAUUCGAGAUGUGACAGGCUAUGGUACAGGAAACGGUCCGAUCAUAUUCCUCCACGAAGGGUUCUUGGGUGUGGCUGCUUGGGAAGGGUUCUUGAAUGGGGCAGAUCGAGUUGGCCUCGAUCAACACCCUUACCUCGCUUUCGGAGAUAUCAACACCGCUUCCCACUCUGAACAAGCCAAGACCGCCUGUGGCUGGGGAGGAGGUACCAAUGACAGUAUGACCAACUUCGGCCUGAUAAUGGGGGGAGAAUGGUCCAAUGCAAUUAAUGACUGUGGAUUAUGGCUGAAUGGUGUGGGAUCUACUCCCUCAUUCAGCUUGGCCGGAAACAAUUGCGAUGAAUAUGAUGAGUGGAUGAACUGGACCGACGACUUUAAGAAGGGUGUGUUGAGCUAUACAAUGGCUAAUAUGGACGCGUUGCAAAACUUCUUCUUCUGGACUUGGAAGAUUGGGAAUUCGACUGUCAAAGGGUAUCAAACCAGUCCACAAUGGCAUUAUAGAUUGGGUUGGGAGCAAGGUUGGAUGCCUAAAGAUCCUAGAUCAGCCGGAGGGUAUUGUAAGACUUUGGGAAUUGGUGGUAACCAGUUCGCCGGAACAUAUCCUGCUUCAGCGACCGGAUCAUUCGCCAAUGGUACACCUACCAUCGCAGCUACUCAACUUGCCUCACACACGUUAUGGCCACCUCCCACACUCGGACCAUCCUUUGCAGUCGACCAGGUAUCGCUGCUGCCGACUCUAACUCAGACAGGAUCUAUCGUCGUCUUACCUACGCCAUCUCAUCCGUCCAAUGCUACGAAUAUAGGUGAUGGAUGGACAAAUGCACAAGAUACAACGGGUGCAUGGACGAGAGUGGAGGGAUGUGAUUAUCCAGACGAAUAUGACGCUGUGAAUGCUACGGUGCCAGUUGCUGUAUGUACCGGAGCGUCAGCAAGGAAGAGGGAUGGGUUGGUACCCAUACCGACAGCGAUAUAG